GGCGACCUCUUUCACCAUCGCAAAGUAGGUAUGGAAGACGACAAGAAGAAGAAGAGAAACAAGAAAAAGAAGAAUAAGCAGAAUAAUAAACGUGUUGACGAUGCUAUAGCUUCCGGUGCAACGACCUCCGCUGAUGAAAAUCAUAUCGGAGAUGGUGACGUUCCUCAAAUUAGCGGAGGUCCAGAUGUCGAUGAGUCGCAAUCAUCUCAUCAGAUCAAUGUCGUCGCAACUAGAGUUCAUUUGGUUUGUGUAGAGAUGGUUGACAAAAAUUAUGGGAUAGUGUAUGAGCCGUCGUUGUCUGAUACUCUUAAUUCUUCUUGUUUCAAGCAGGAAGAUGAUUCUGGUGUUGAGAACAAGUCUCAGGCUAUGUUGCACGGGGACGGGGAUUUUCAGCCGUCUCACGUCCCAGUUUCGUUUCGGGGACGGGCGCUGCUGGAAGAAACAAUCAAACAGUUACGUGAGGAAAAUGGUUCCUACCUUCAGAAAGAGGCUGGUUUUGAAGAAAAUGUUAGACGCUUGGAAACCGAGAAAGAAGCUCACAUUCAGAAAGAGGCAUUGUUAGAAGAAAGGCUUGUGCAUUUGAAAACAGAGAAUGAAGCUCACAUACAAAAUGAGGCACUGUUAGAAGAAAAGCUCUUGCAUUUGAGAACAGAGAAUGAAGCUCACACACAAAAUGAGGCAUUGUUAGAAGAAAAGCUCUUGCAUUUGAGAACAGAGAAUGAAGCUCACAUACAAAAUGAGGCACGGUUGGAAGAAAUGCUCUUACAUUUGAGAACUGAAAAUGAAGCUCACAAACAAAACGAAGAAAAGUUGGAGGAAAGACUUGUGCAGUAUAAAAACAAGAACGACAUGCUUCUUCGCGAAAUGUCUAGUACAGAAGCCCAGAUGAGACAAUUGCUAGAUGAAAGAUCUACCUUCACUCAGAAAGAGGCGAGUCUAGAAAAGAAAGUUCAACAACUUCAACAUGAUGAAGAAUCCUUGGUGGCUGAGGAGAAGUCAUCCAGAGAAAUGAUAUCUAGCCUGAACAAUGAAAUUGCAAGGCUACGAGCACAGGUUACGGAGUUGGAAGAAUCUAAGAGUAAUCUUCUAGAGCAGAAUCACAGUCUUAAGGAAACUGUAUCCAGUCUUCAAGUCCAGCAUGAAAACCAUGAUAGUAACGCAAAGGGUGCUUCUGAGGAAGAAUUAAACUCUCAGAUUGAAGCAGCUUGUACUCUAGUUGAAAAGCUUAUCACUGAAAAUGCUGAACUUGUUGAAAAGGUGAACGAGUUGUGUAUAAAGCUAAACCAAUCGCAGCAUGCUUCCCCUGAGGGCCUAGCAAUUGAAGUAGAGAAGUCUGAAUCCUUAGAAGAAAUACCCAUACACGACGAGUUGAUUAGAAUUGAUAACUCUAGGGACAUGGAUACUUCAUCAAUAAAGAGAAACUUUUCAGAAGGCGAAAUAGAAGAAACGGUGCCGCUCUCUCUGAACGCGAAUGGGGAAGUAGACGUGGAAUCACAGGUUGUAGUAGCUGGAGAAGACGAAGUAAGUGCUGGUGUGCCUCUGGCGGACGCUCCACUUAUCGGUGCUCCCUUCAGGCUCGUCUCGUUUGUAGCAAGAUACGUGAGUGGUGCAGAUUUGGCGGCAAAGAAAUAGUUUUUUGGUAAAACUCAUCAAUACAUUGGAGGCAGAGAA